AUGUCCCUUCUGCAUAUUACGCGUAGAAUUACUGGUUCAAUCACGGAGUGCUCCUGGAAAGGCGAAGGAGGUUCCAGUAGAGCCAACCGCCAGCUCUCCAAGUUCGUCUGCCGCGCGCAGCUCUUCAGCUCCACCGGUUCCAGCGGCCUCCCAUCCACCUGGACAAUCACCCGUGAAACAGUCUCUCUUUGCCACCUCUUAGCCCCCUCUGACGACAACGAGGAUGAUGAUGAUGACCUGGAAGCCGAACUGCUGAUGGAGCUGGAGAACAUGGAGACCAAAGGUGGCGCUGCCCCUGACACUUCUGACCCAAAGGAGAGAGGCCGCGAAGAGGAGAAGAAGGAUGCAGGCUCCGGCGAGGGCAGCGUCAUCUCCGUUGAUGAUGAACUUGAGCGUGAACUGCUUGCGGAGAUUGAGGAGGAAGAGGCGGCGGCAGCGGCUGACAGCAAGAAGUCUUCUUAA